AUACCCUCUUUAUAACAAAAGAAGCUAUUGAACUUAUCUCUCUUCUCACUUCUGUUGUUAUAAGUAACUUCCCUCAUCAUUACAAAACAAUCCUCCACAGGUUUCAAAAUGCUGAAAUCGGGCAUGGGAAUUGAGGAGAGAAAGCAAGUGAAGAAGCCAGCACAAGCCAGCUCGAGAAAAGGGUGCAUGAGAGGGAAAGGAGGUCCCGAGAAUGCUAGUUGCACCUACAAAGGUGUGAGGCAGAGAACAUGGGGAAAAUGGGUUGCUGAAAUCCGUGAACCCAAUCGAGGUGCUAGGCUCUGGCUCGGGACUUUUGAGACCUCUCAUGAAGCUGCUUUGGCUUAUGAUGCUGCUGCACGUAAGCUCUAUGGCUCUGAUGCCAAACUCAACUUACCAGAGCUCUCUAUCAAAUCACAAUCUCAGUGUCCACCACCACCUUCUUCUGUUUCCAACAACACUCAGAUUCCUCAAAUGGAGAACCUGCAGCAGCAGAUUCAAAACAAUUACAUGGACAUGGCUACAUGUUCUAAUAAUUUCAACAACAACACCAAUAAUCCUUCAGAAGUUUCCAUGGCCUCUCAGCAGGUUGGAGUUGGAGUACCAAUUUACACCAGUGACUCCAUCGUGUCUCUUCCCUUGGACACCAAUCCCAAGCCUGUGGAGAAUGAUGGUGACUUUCGUCCUUCGUGGGGUACAAUGAAUGAGGGUUUGCCAGUUUUUGAUGAUUCUAUUUGGGCUGAAGCUGCCAUGUCUCUAGAUUUUCCUCAAAUUGCAGCAGAGACUGCGAUUUAUUCAUCGGGUAACAACUUGGCCGAUGUGGGUGUGUGGGACUCUCUGCAAACCCCAUGGUGCAUGUAAUUUCAUCACUUUCAAAAGGGCAAGGGAAAGCCACAAGCUAUAGCUUUUCUUCUCAUGCCAGCUGGACUGAUAUCUGCUUGUUAAAAUAUAUAGUGUAUAUAUAAGAGGGGUAAGUAAGUACUUUGUAAAGACAUAUAUGAUACCCAAAUUAAGACUAGUUUAGUUAAAUAGGAUACUAUAUCAUAUCAUAUAUAUGGUGUCUACCUUGGAGUGUAUGGAAAACCAUGACGUGCUUAUUUUCGCACGACGUCGUUUUCUGCCUUAUAGUCUAUAGUAAUAUUAUGUUAUAUGUAAAUAUUACUUAAUACGAUAAGGGAUGGUGGUGAUGCUCUAUCGCCCCGAUAUUAAUAAGUUGUGUUAGCUUUUGUGCAGUUUAUUGUGAGUUUUAUGUAAGCAUCUUGUGAGUUAUAUAUGUCAAUAAGAAUGUACAACUAGUAGUUGUGUAGUAAUAAUGGUGUACAUAUAAAAUGUAUUAUUGUAGUCUAUGUUUAUGUUUAGAAAAUUUCGUUUUAAAUUUCU